AGCAAAACAUCAAAGAGAGAGAGAGAGAGAAUGAGUUGUGUGCUGCAUCCUCAGGUGGGUAGCAGAGAGUGCAGUGCCUCUCUUCCCCACAGUUCCUGCUCUUUCAAUCUCAGCUCACCUUCAAAUCUUACAUUUGGCUCACAUCUUCAUCAACGUUCACUUUCACUUCCCCACAAGUCAAAUGCGUCUCCUCGUAUUCUUACCAGAAGGAUCAGCGCAGCUUACUCAGGAGACUCAGCUCCACCGGAGUCUCCGGCGAAAGCGCUGCGCCGGAUUCUGGAGUUGCCAGGGGUGCACCAAGGCCCUGCUUGCUUUGAUGGUCUCAGUGCCAAGCUUGUGGAAAGGGCUGGCUUCCAGUAUUGCUUCACUAGUGGAUUUUCAAUAUCGGCUGCUAGAUUAGGGCUGCCAGAUACAGGUUUUCUAUCCUAUGGAGAAAUGGUGGAUCAGGGGCAACAAAUUACUCAAUCUGUGUCGAUUCCUGUCAUUGGGGAUGGCGAUAAUGGUUAUGGGAAUGCCAUGAAUGUCAAGAGAACUAUCAAGGGAUAUAUUCGAGCUGGCUUUGCUGGGAUUCUGCUUGAAGAUCAGGUGUCUCCAAAAGCCUGCGGUCAUACGCAAGGCAGGAAAGUAGUGUCAAGGGAGGAAGCUGUGAUGAGGAUAAAAGCAGCAGUUGAUGCUCGGAAAGAGAGUGGAUCGGACAUUGUAAUUGUAGCACGAACUGAUUCUCGUCAAGCAGUGUCUUUGGAAGAAUCACUCUGGAGGUCAAGGGCAUUUGCUGAUGCUGGAGCAGAUGUUCUUUUCAUUGAUGCACUAGCCUCUAAAGAAGAAAUGAAGGCUUUCUGUGGAGUAUAUCCCUUAGUUCCAAAAAUGGCGAAUAUGCUUGAAGGAGGGGGGAAAACACCGAUACUCACUCCGCUUGAGCUUGAGGAAAUCGGAUACAAACUUGUGGCUUAUCCACUUUCCUUGAUUGGGGUAUCUAUUCAAGCAAUGCAGGAUGCACUGGCUGCGAUCAAAGGAGGUCGUAUCCCUCCACCUGGAAGCAUGCCAUCUUUCGAAGAGGUUAAGGAGGUCCUAGGUUUCAACAGUUAUUAUGAAGAAGAAAAGCGGUAUUAUAGCAACAGCAGUCAGCUGUCUUCUGAAAGAUCAGCCAGUAGUUUAUACAGUCUUCAAGGGACAGCUAAAAAUGCAGAACCAAAAGAUCAGAGUUCUCAAGAUCCCAUUGUUGAAGUCAUAACUCCUGAAGUGUACAAUGGUGCAGAUGGUUUCAAGGAUUCAUUUUCUGCGAUCUGGUCUCGGAAGUUGAGAAUCAGAAUAACUGGAAGAGAUGGAUUUGAGAAACUUGAUGUUAAGAUUCCUGCUGGAUUCUUGGACGGAAUCACAAAUAUAGUUCCAGCUCUUGGGGGUGUAAACAUCAAAGAAUUGUUGAAUGAGGCAGCUGAUGAAAUGGGAGGGAAGCAGCUGUUAGAUUUUAACGACACAAUGGGUGAUAGAAUUCAAGUUUUUCUGGAGUAAAUCCCUUCUACUCGAUUGUUACAAGAACAGUGUAAAGGGUAUACCCUAUGUAUAUCAGUCCCUGAGAGGCUACGUUGCAAACUAUAGACACGAAAAAAGUGUACGCAGAGACUACAAUGUAUCAAAGGUAUAGUACAUUUUGGUUUAGAAGUAUCAGUAUCUCUUUCUUUUACUUGUCCUUUGUUUGUUAACAGUAUAAGUAUGAGUGUCGUUCAGUAUCUUUGAAAUGAAAACUAAUUUUUUAUUUUA